UGACUGAUUUUUGAUCAAGCGGUCCGCUCAUAUGCUGUGUUAUCGAUACUAAUGACCAAAAUCCCUUGACAAAGCACUCUUGGCACCAGGUAUCUCAACAAGAACACCAUGCCCACCGUCGUCAAACCAGACCCUCUUACCACUCGGAGUGGCAGAACUCACAAAUACGAACAAUUUGCAAUUUCGCCUCUCCAAGCGCUCCACUGUAUCUCGAGUACACACUAUAUCUCCCUCCUCGUACACGGAACGGCGAUUCGUCGCUCGCAUUUCAGCUUCCCAAACAACGAGAUCGGCUCCGUCGUUCCCAACAAGAACGGUUUCACCCACACCGUGAUCCAAGCUUGGCAGCAGGACUUGCACCUGAAGCUCCGGCCUGACGACGUUUGGCUCGCCAUCCUAACCCAGUUCAGCUUCUUCGUUAACGGAAAUGCCGACGCCCUCCGCCCUAUCUUCGUUGCCCAUGAAGGUCGGGUUGAAGUCGUUGUCGAUGCCCGCCCCGACACCAUCGAAACUGUUGACGUCGGCUCCGUCGCGCAGGAGCUGGCCAGCAUGGUGAAGCAGCGCCUCAAGGACCCCAACAUCGCUACCGCCCUUCUUCCCAAAUUCACGACCACAACACCACUUGACCAGACUACGGCCGCCAUCGUGUUCCUCGGGGCCGUGAAGGAGUACUUUGGCUACGGGGCUCGGCUUGGCUGCAGCUUUCCAUCGGUCACGCUCUUGGGCGAACGAAGCGACUGGGCCGAUAUGCUCCAAAGGGUGGCUUGGUUUAGCACCAUCGAACAUGAGGAGAUUGUCGCUUGGGCUUUGCGGCUGACCAAGGUUCUUGAGUACAUGGUCGCAAGCUUUGACCGCCCCGACGAUCCGGAUGUCAAGCAGUUUUGGAUGCGCGCAAUUCAUCAGGCGGGAUCGGCCGGCUCUGGCGGCGCUGUGACCACGUUAUCUGGAUGGUUGGCAGCGUUUUGCUGGUGGAACUCCGAUGGCAAGAGGGUCAAGCAUUACAGUGACCAAGAUUUUGAUCGCCUCUGUCGCCUUGGGAUUUUCUCGGGGGGGGGGAAGGGAUAUCAGCGGUUGACAUUGGAUGGGCUCGAGUUUCCGGUCAUUGAACGAUCCGAAAUUCCGGCAGGCGUUGUAAGUGUCCCAAUAACCUGCUACCAGGCGGGGCUGGACCCCGUGAAAUCGACCCUGCUGGCGGGGUUGAUGGGGAUGCAGGUUGUUGUCGAGGACGAUGAUGAAACUGCGGUCCAACCUGCUUCCGGGUGGUGGUGGAUUACACGUGUCGCCGUUUAAGAACGCGACGCGACCGCGUUUACUAUCAUUUUUUUCAACCUUCCGCCAUUCCUCGGCAUGACGCUCAAGUUAGCUGAUUUCGCAGCCAAAAUGGCGGCCGGGGGGCAGCCGAACCGGGAGCUAUCGCCAGAGCUUCGUGCAGCCAUUUGUACGCUCAUUGCCACAGGCCGGACCCAGCGCGAGGUCGGGUCGCUCUUUCGCGUGUCGAAGAAGGCCGUCGAAGGCGCGGUUCAACUCUUCAAAACUCACGAAUCCUUCCAUUCGAGA